AUGGAUGCGGGACUCAAGUUGUCGAGAGCCAUUCAUGAGAAAGAGAUUGAUGCAACGAGCUAUAGAAGAAACGUUGGGUGUUUGUGGUACUUUCUCCAUACGCAGCCGGAUUUAGCAUACAGCCUAGGUGUCUUGAGUAGGCAUAUGCAGACACCAAGAGAGUCGCAUGGAGCAGCUAUGAAGCAGUGCUUACGGUAUCUACAAGGUACAACUUCUUAUGGCAUUACGUUUCAUCGCAGCAACUCAGCACCAAUGAAGACAAUAGGAUACAGCGACAGUUCCCAUAACAUUGAUCCUAAUGAUGGAAGAAGCACCACCGGGCACAUAUUCUACAUUGGUGACAGUCCUAUCACCUGGUGGUCACAAAAACAGGAGACAGUGGUGCUAUCCUCAUGCAAAGCUGAAUUCAUGGACGGGACAGAAGCAGCUAGGCAGGCCAUAUGGUUACAAGAUUUUCUCGUCAAAGUCAUGGGUGAUACGAAGAAAGGGCUAAUAGAAGUAGAACAUGUUCCUGGACAAGAACAUAAGGCGGAUAUCUUGACAAAGGCACUUGGAAGAAUCAAGUUCAAAGAGAUGAGAGAUCUCAUUGGAGUAGAAGAUGUGUUGAUAGGAGACUUCAAGUUUAAGGGGGAGAAUGUUGGAUUAAGCUUGAAUAUUACUUGA